AUUUAGACGUGUUUUGUUUUUUUGAAGGGAGAUAACCCUUUAACGCUCAAACAAAGAAGUGGACAUGGCGUCAGAUAUUUUAAUUAACCCUUCUGUGCUUAAAAAAUGCAUUGGUGGGAGUGAACAGACAUUCAUAGAAGCAAUUGAGAAUGCUGCCAAUGUUAAUACACGCCUGUGCAUAGAAAGGAAAAUGAGAUUGCCUUUUCUUGACUCCCAGACUGGUGUGGCGCAGAAUCAUACAGCUUUAUGGCAUCCAUAUAAAGAUAGACAACAAGGACAAUGUAAAGGCCAAUUAUACAGUUACCCUGUCAAGAGGUGGAAAAAGAAAAAACGAUUGGCUUUUAUGAAUGCAGAAUGCAAAAAGACAUCAGACAUCGAGACUGGAGAAGCUGUUUUAUUGACAGAUAUGCAUCAAAUAAGUACAGUAGAGAAUCCAGCUAUUCGAGUAGAAGAUGAGAAGAAUGAGUUGAGUAAAGAUGCAUGGUAUGAUGAAUAUGAUGAUAUAGAUGAACCACCAGACGCUGGCGAAAUGGUAGAUGACCAGUCAGAUAUUAGUGACUUUGAAGAAACAUAUAUUAAACGCCGCAAGAAAAAGGGACCUGGAAGAGGAAGAAAGAAGAAUAUUGAUAAAGAUAAAGACUUAAACCCAGAGGAAAGAGAAAAACCAUAUGCCUGUGAAGUGUGCAAUGCCAGGUAUAAGACAAGACCAGGAUUAUCAUAUCAUUACAACCAUUUCCAUAAUGGUAUCAUAGAUGAUCAAGAAUUAUCUCAGUCACCCAAGCCUCAGAGAUCAACUCGCAAUUCCAGUGGUCCAAAAAGUAAUAUGUCGAUAGAUGAUAAGAUAUCUGCAAAUAAUUAUUGUGAUUUUUGCUUGGGUGAUUCCACUGAAAAUAAGAAAACUGAGAUGCCAGAAGAUCUGGUUUCCUGUAGUGAUUGUGGACGUUCUGGACAUCCAACUUGUCUUCAAUUUACACAGAAUAUGAUUGUAUCAGUGAAGAAGUAUCCAUGGCAAUGCAUUGAAUGCAAGUCCUGUGGUCUAUGCGGAACAUCUGACAAUGAUGACCAGUUACUGUUUUGUGAUGAUUGUGAUCGUGGAUAUCACAUGUAUUGUUUAAAUCCACCUCUCACCACACCACCAGAAGGUAACUGGAGUUGUCAUUUGUGCAUUGAAGAAUUUCAUGGUGGAAAGAAGCCAGAGGGAAUGAACUAGUCAUCAAUUGUCUGAAGAUUCUAUGCUAUUA